CUUUCCCGUCGAUUCAUAAAAAGUUAAAAUCGUCAUUUCGCGAUAGGUUAUGUUGAAUUUCCAUGCAUUGCUAGUUUUUACAAAAGUUUAUGAAUUUUGAAUUUAAACUCUAUCAAGAUGAAUAUUUGUGUAUUUCUAUGUCAUCACCAAUGGAUAUAAAAUAUCAUGGCAGUUAUUCUGGCAAGGAAUUUCCGUGGCAUUUGUACUAGUUGUGUUCGAUUUGAAUGGCCAAAAGAAAAGCCAACCGUAUUUCCUGACACAUAUAACUCGUACAAUGUACAAAGCGAUUGGUACAACUGGUGGGAGAAGAAUGAUUGCUUCAAACCUAAAUCUGAAAGUCAUUCUGAUAAUAAAUUCUGUAUAGUGCUGCCUCCACCCAAUGUGACAGGCACUUUACAUUUGGGACAUGCCUUGACGGUUGUCUUGCAGGACGUUCUGUCCCGAUGGCAUCGGAUGAAAGGCUCGGAUGUGCUGUGGGUGCCGGGCACAGAUCAUGCUGGCAUCGCCACGCAGGUGGCGGUUGAGAAGCACCUCAUGAAGAAAAAGAACCUGCGAAGACUGGAUGUUGGCAGGGAGGAAUUUCUGAAGCUGGUCUGGAGUUGGAAGAGUGAGAAGGAUGACACCAUCAAGAAACAGCUGCGGAUGUUGGGUGCCUCUCUCGAUUGGUCCAGGGACACCUUCACUAUGGAUAAGAACUAUAGUAGAGCUGUUAACGAAGCAGUCAUCAGACUAUGGAAUGCAGGCCUGUUCUACAGAAAGGAAGCCCUCGUGAAUUGGUCUUGUUACUUGCAAUCAACGAUUUCCGAUAUUGAAGUGGAGCAUAGACUGAUAAAUGGACCGCAAAAUCUCAAUAUACCUGGUUAUUCGUCCCCUGUCAAAUUUGGAUUAAUUGAUGAUUUCGCCUACAAAGUUGUUAACUCAGACAAGGAAAUAGUUGUAUCAACAACUCGAAUAGAAACAAUGCUGGGCGAUGUGGCAGUUGCAGUAAAUCCGAACGAUGAAAGGUAUAAGGAAUUCCAUGGGGCUAGACUGAGACAUCCUUUGCGUAACUCUCAUAUACCUGUCAUCUGCGAUGAGGCUGUUGAUAUCAAUUUUGGAACAGGCGCAGUGAAAGUAACUUCUAGUCACGAUCAUAAUGAUCACAACUUAGCUUUAAGGCAUAGUCUUCCAUUCAUAUCUGUCAUCAACGACCAAGGACUGAUCCACAAUUUCCCCAAUUCAUCCUAUUCAGGUAUGAAGAGAUUUGAAGCAAGAGAAGCAAUAAGAGAAGACUUGAGAAAGCAAGGACUGUAUAGAGAUCAGAGACCACACCAGUAUCAACUACCCAUUUGCAGUCGGUCUGGUGAUGUCAUUGAACAUCUUCUAAAACCACAAUGGUUUAUAAAUUGUAAAGACAUGGCUGCAAAGGCUCUUGAAGCUGUAAAAACUGGGCAGUUGGUGAUACAGCCUAGCUCUUUCGAAAGAGUUUGGAUGCAUUGGUUCGAAAAUAUCGAAGACUGGUGUGUGUCACGACAGCUGUGGUGGGGCCACCGACUGCCCAUCUACCAGGCAUCCACUGCAGAGGGGGUGAAGGGGGGUGGUGAGAGCGGCCCAGUGUGGGUGGCCGCGCACUCCAUUGAGGAGGCCACUGCGCAGGCGGCGGCCAUCUUGCAAGUGGGUGGAGCCGAUGUGGCGGUGAGACAAGACGCCGAUGUGCUCGACACCUGGUUCUCGUCAGGAAUAUUCCCCUUGGCUGCGUUUGGCUGGCCGCAAAAGACUGAAGAUUUUUCGAAAUUCUACCCUCUAAGCUUGAUGGUGACAGGUCACGAUAUUCUGUUCUUCUGGGUUGCUCGCAUGACCAUGCUGGGACAACAGCUAACUGGACAACUGCCUUUCAAAAAAAUACUACUACAUGGAAUUAUAUGCGAUAAUGAAGGCAGGAAAAUGUCCAAGAGUCUGGGCAAUGUGAUAUACCCAGAGAAUAUCAUCAAGGGCGUGACAUUAGAGGACUUGCACAAAGAAGUAGAGAAAAACUAUAAGUGUGGACUGAUAUCGGGGGAAGAAAUGAAGAAAGCUAUCAACGGACAAAAGGCUACAUUCCCUCCCAAUGUUCCAGACUGUGGUACAGAUGCCCUAAGAUUCACGCUAAUGGCACAAAAUAUACACAGACAUGCGAUCGACGUCGACAUUCAAGACUUUGUGAAUAACCGCUCCUUUUGCAAUAAAAUUUGGCAAGCUUUCCGAUACACUCUGAAUAAGAUAUCCGACUUGAAUAUCGAUGUGCAGGAUGCGUCUGUAUUGCCCUACGAGUUGAACUCAUUGUCUCUCAUCGACCAGUGGAUUUUGAGUAGGUUGAGUGAAGCAGUCGACAAAAUGAACCAAGGCAUUGAAAAUGCUGACUUGCAUAUUACUACGUCCGCAUUCCGGCGGUUUUUUCAUUCCUUCCUCUGCGAUGUGUAUUUGGAAGCGACCAAACCAGUAUUUCGUAAAAGUGAUGACAAAGAGAUCAGUAAGGCGAUUUCAACGCUGAUGUUCUGUUUGGACACUUCUUUGAAACUGCUCGCGCCCAUAAUGCCAUUCCUCUGUGAAGAGAUCAACUAUCAGUUACCUGGCAAACGUCCUACUACUCUCAUGUAUGCUCAAUAUCCUUCUAAUUAUCAGUUCCGAAAUGCUCACCUAGAGGAGGAAGUUGAGUUCACAAUGGAUGUGAUCAGAACUAUCCGAAGAAUGAAGAAAACCAAUGGUGUGAAAAAAGUGGCUGCUCAUGUUGAGAUCGAAAGCCAGCAAGGAGACAUUCUGACCAGACACUACCAACUCAUCAACAGCUUCAUUAAUGAUGAUUACAUCAUAACUGAUCUCGUAGAGCAUAAGAAUGAAGAGAAUUUUGUAUGCGAACCUGUCAGUUUCCACACACACGUCUAUCUGAAGAUACCGACAUUUGAAAUAUCGGAAGAUGAGAUCGAGAGACUAUUGAACCAAGAGAAAAAAUUGAACAAAGCACUGGUCAAAUUGCUCGAAACUGUCGAGAACGAAACAUUCAAAGAGAAGGCACCACUCGACGUUCAAGAUAGUCACCGGAAAAAGAUCCUGGGUCUCCAAGAAAAACUACUGCAGAUCAGAAGGAAACUCGACUCACAACUUUUGCACCAAAAUGUAGAACCGUAAUAAUUUUUAUAGAUUCAUGUUGAGUAGAAAUACAUAGUUGUAAUUAUUUAUUCGUCGAUUUCUGUAUCGUUCAUUAUUGUUAAUAAUUCUCAGGUUAGUGUUAACAGUUUGCGUAUUCGUGUUAACUUGUAAAUUUUGUGAAUAAAAAGAUUAUAUUAUAAUA